GGGAAACAGCGGAGGAGGUGUUCCUGGUGGCCAUCUUGAAUGUGCGGAGUGAUUGUUUAGCGAAAAGAAUUAAUAACAAAUUGGAAAUAACGUGAAGAUUUGGGAAAUUAAGAUUUAUAAGAGGGGGGCAUCUAGAAAAAGAAAAGUUAACUCGGAAACUACAGCCCCAGUGGAAGAAGGCAUGAAGACAGUAUCCUAGUCAACAGUCAUGGCUGACAAAAGAAAACUACAAGGUGAAAUAGAUCGAUGUUUGAAAAAAGUAACGGAAGGCGUAGAGCAGUUCGAGGACAUUUGGCAAAAGUUACAUAAUGCAGCCAACGCUAACCAGAAGGAGAAGUAUGAGGCCGACCUUAAGAAAGAAAUUAAAAAACUACAGCGUCUUCGAGACCAGAUCAAGACGUGGGUAGCAUCCAACGAGAUCAAAGACAAAAGACAGCUCGUGGAAAACCGCAAACUCAUAGAAACGCAAAUGGAGCGCUUUAAGAUCGUGGAGCGGGAGACCAAGACCAAGGCGUACUCUAAAGAAGGCCUGGGCCUGGCCCAGAAGGUAGACCCAGCACAGAAGGAGAAGGAGGAGGUCGGACAGUGGCUAACGAAUACGAUAGACACCCUGAACAUGCAGGUGGAUCAGUUUGAGAGUGAAGUCGAGUCCUUAUCAGUCCAAACACGCAAGAAGAAAGGAGACAAAGAGAAACAGGAUCGAAUUGAGGAGCUGAAGCGUUUCAUCGAGAAGCACAGGUACCACAUCCGGAUGCUGGAGACCAUCCUGCGCAUGCUGGACAACGACUCAGUCCAGGUGGACUCCAUCCGCAAGAUCAAGGACGAUGUGGAGUACUACAUGGACUCCUCCCAGGACCCGGACUUUGAGGAGAACGAGUUCCUCUACGACGACCUUGACCUGGAUGACCUCCCUACCUCUCCCUCUGUCUCCCCCCCACCAUCUCUCGUCUCUCUAGCCCAGACGCUGGCGGCCUCCCCCCCCCCGGGGCACUCUCACCUGGAGGAUGAGAUGUUCCAGCUCUCCAGCAUCACGCCCACCUCCACCACCUCCUCCUCACCCAUCCCCCCCUCCCCCGCCACUUGCACUACGGAGAACUCUGAGGAUGACAAGAAAAGGGGGCGUUCGACAGACAGCGAAGUCAGUCAGUCUCCUGUCAAGAACGGCAACCCUUCCUCGUCGUUAUCCUCCUCUUCCUCCUCCUCCUCCUCCUCGUCCUGCUCUUCCUCCGGGGCCUCCUCGUCCUCGAUGGUCUCUAUGGCGACCAUGGCAGGGGGCGGUGGCGGUGGUGCAGGGUCCAUCACCGGGGGCAACAGUCUCCUAGGAAGCAUGGGGGGUCUCCUCGCCAACGCUGGCAGCUAUAGCAACGCUACGCAGCAGCACGCUCAGCAGGCGUCUCUGCCGCAGCACCAAACCCAGGCCAAGAACUCUCUCUCCUCCUCUUCCUCCUCCUCCUCCUCCUCUUCCAUGGCCCCCUCCAACAGCAACCCCUGCCCUUCGAACAGCAUCCUCCUCCCCUCCUCGAUGGCAUCCUCACCCCCCAACGCCAGCAACCCCAGCCCCCUCACACCCAGCUCCCAGCCCCAAGCCCCGUCGCCGGCCUCCAGCCUCAGCCUAGGUUUGGGCCUGAGCAUGGGGAAAGGAGGGGCCAUGUCGAGCUCCUCUGGCCCCAACCACAUGUCCGGGCUGGGCCUGUCGGGGAUGCCGGCGUCCCUGGGCUCUAUGGCCGGCCUUCUGCCAGGCUCCACGCCUUAUGCCCAGGCAGCCGCCUCGGGGCCUAUGGGCAGCAACAUGGCCGGGGCCAUCGGCAGCGGCUCCUCCUCCAACUCCGCCUCCAACUCCGCCUCCAGCACCAUGGGACCGUUUGGCGGGAACAUGCUCAGCGGAGGCUCGUCGUCCUCCACCGGCCUGCUGGGCUCAGCGCCGGGCAUGGUGGGCAUGGGCGGGGGGAUGCUGGGCCUAGGGUCAGGGCCCCUGGUGCAGGGUCCGCCCCUGGUGGCCCCCAGCCCUGUCGGAGGGGGCCUGGCGCCCGGUGGCAGUUUGGGGGUCAUCGGGAGCAACAGCAGCUCAGGGUUGAUGGCGCCAGGCAGUGGAAUCGGGGGAGGGAGUUUGGGGCUCCCCAGACCACCAAGUGGACAGAAACAGAAUGGUAGCACUAGUUAUAGUGCUAUCGUAGCAGACAGCACACCAGAUUCCACCCUUAACAGUGCCAGCCAAUCACAAAGCAGCCAAGCCUUGUCUUUGAACUCCACAGCCAAUCAACCGAAAGACAGUGGCUCCAGCCUCCUGGGAUCCAUGACUCUACCGCCCAGCUCCCCUUCACCCUCCUACAACGACAGCAAAACAGCAGGGGGCAGCCAACUAAAUGGGCCACUCUCCUACAAUCAGGCCACUGACAGUAUGAAGCCUCAGGAGCCACUGAGGAGCCUCAAGUCCAUGGCGGAGCGAGCGGCUCUGAGCUCAGGAAUGGAGGGAGAGAUGCCCUCUCUGCACCUCGCCACUGACAUUUUCCCCAGCACUACGGGCCCCCCGGGGACCUCCAUGGCCCCCCAGCCCUCGCUGUCAGAGGUCAGCAUCCCCCCGUCACUGGGGGUGUGCCCGCUGGGGCCCGUGCCCCUGUCCAAAGACCAGCAAUACCAGCAGGCCAUGCAGGAGUCGGCCUGGACGCACAUGCCACACCCCUCCGACUCAGAGCGGAUCAGGCAGUACCUGAUGAGGAACCCCUGCCCCACCCUGCCUUUCCACCACCAGGUGCCACCGCCUCACUCAGACUCUGUGGAGUUCUACCAGAGGCUGUCAACAGAGACUCUGUUCUUCAUUUUCUACUACCUGGAGGGCACCAAGGCCCAAUACCUGGCAGCUAAGGCACUGAAGAAGCAGUCGUGGAGGUUCCACACCAAGUAUAUGAUGUGGUUCCAGAGACACGAAGAACCGAAGACCAUCACAGAUGAAUUUGAACAGGGCACCUACAUUUACUUUGACUACGAGAAGUGGGGCCAGAGAAAAAAAGAAGGGUUCACAUUCGAGUACAGGUACCUCGAAGACCGGGACCUUCAGUGAUGGACACAGAGCAAGGGAUGAACGGACAGAAGGAAAAGAAAAGAUAGAAGGACUACUGUCGACAUUCCUGGAUUGAACUCGACCCUCUGGGAAGAGAGAUGGAUGCACUGCUUCAAGCUCCUCCCCCUGCCCCCUGCAAAGCCACACCCACCACAUUGCUAAACAACGCCCACUCCCACCUCGGCCCCUCCUUUUCCAUUUUUUUUUUGAUUGAAGCUUUUAAUUAUACUCAUAACUUAACUGGACCCCCUGUUUGUUUUUUGCUAAUAAGUAAAUCAUGACGAUAAUGUUU